GUGAACCUGUAUGGGGGGAUUAAAUAUGUCACAGCCUCUGCCCCUUAUAAAUCCCCCCGCCACUCUAUAAACAGGUUGGGGGGAAGUAUCCAAAGCAGUUAGCAGUUUGGAGCAGUCACUCUGUCCGUGGCUUUUUUGAGUUGUUUUUUUAACGUUUCGUUUUUCUUUGUAGGUUUUAAUCUUUGUUAACUUUUUGUUUGGUAGAAAAUUCAAAGUAUCAUUUUAAUUGAGACUUUUUAAAUUUCACAGAGUCUCCAGUAACAUUUUGGUGAACCUCCAAUCUGCAGAUUAAGCUGUGAUCUGUCUUCUGCACUUUGUCCUCCUUGAUUCACACAUAACCCGCAAUCAUGUGGGAAUUCCGCUCCUUCUCCUUCUGGAGAGCAGUGUUUGCAGAAUUCUUUGCCACCAUGUUCUACGUUUUUUUUGGUUUAGGUGCGUCUCUCAAGUGGGCAGCUGGUCCAACUAACGUCCUGCACAUCGCGUUAGCCUUUGGUCUUGCUUUGGCCACUAUGGUCCAGUCUGUUGGCCACAUCAGUGGUGCCCACAUUAACCCAGCUGUCACCUUUGCUUUCCUCAUCGGCUCACAGAUGUCUCUGUUCCGUGCCAUUUUUUACAUCGCAGCACAACUGCUGGGCGCAGUGGCCGGAGCUGCAGUACUGUAUGGCGUCACCCCUGCAGCAAUUCGAGGCAACAUGGCUCUCAACACGGUAAUUACUCAUUGGGGUAGAUUGAUAAAUUGAUAUCACUGUGUCUGUUUUUUUACUAAUAGCCUAUCUGCUACCCCUAGGGAGUUUAAUCUGUUUGUAACAGUAGCUACCUGUAUCAGUAAAGAUUUACAGGCAGGUUGUCAUAAAUUUACCAGAACAAAAAAAAUGCCAAUUAAUGGUAGGCUGGUAGGGUUUACAGAGAAUUUAAAUAGGAUAUGGGUCCCUCUAGGUUUAAGCAGUUGGUGAUUAAUUACAUAUAGCAACUUUCUUAAAAUGUGAAUAUGUACUACAUGCGUAUGCUGUAAAAAUAAUUAGUCCUGCACCAACAUUUUUUAUUUUUACAUCUGUCUAUUCUGAUCUUUAAUUCCUCUCAUUACCUAUUGUUAUGACAAUGUUUAGCUGCACUAUACCUUUAGGAAUACCCUUGACUUUCAAUGUAUCUUCCAAACUCUUAUUCUUCUGUAGUCUAAUGGCACUCUCUAUUAGACUAUGUCAGCGCAUUUUGAGUGAGUCCACUGAAUGCCCAUAUUUUGCUAUGUUCCACAUUUUAUGAACCGAUGCAUGUAAAAUCUUUCAUUUAAGUGCUUUUAAUAAUCAAAGCACCGAGACUUUGACACAUAUCUAGUUUUCCAUUUCCCCACAUGCUGAGUAAACAAAAGAAGACAUUUGUAUUUUUAAAUAUGCACUUUUAUUUUUUAAAUUACCGAGCGUUUGGAGACUCAAAUAUAUUUUUAAAAUUAAAGAACUAGUAUAUACGUUAGCGAUUUUUACAGUGAUUGGGGGUGGCAGUCAAAUAAAACUCCAGAUGUUGUAGAUUACAUCAUCCAUAAUGCUGGCAAUGCCAAAGAUUGCCUACCUUUACAUUAGACAAUAAAACUGAAGUAAAAACAAAUUAAAGCUAUUAUCUUACAGUUUGCUCUGUCUGGACAAAACAUUGUAUAAGAUUAAUUAAACUAGGUGUUAGUCUAGUAAACUGCACAUUAAUAUCACAUUUAUUAGUUUUAAUAUGGAAAACAUUGAAAACGUAAAUUUAAGAUUUAGAAUUGUUUUAAUAGAUGGAAUAAUUAUCACUACCAACUGGUGCACUGCAUAAUAAUGACAGAAAAUGCAGUUCAAUAACAGUUGGAAAACAACAGGUUGUUCAAAUUUGCGCUAAAUAAGUUGUUACUAUUGGUACAUUGGCUAUUUAAUGCUCCAUGGGUAGAACUUUGGGCAUUCUGUAUGUAGUGUCAGGUUAUAGUGUUAUGCUACUUCUAAACUGAUCCAGCUUUUCCUAACACAAAUUAAACCCAGAUACUAGGUUGAUAAAUAUCUAGUGAAUUUUCCACAGGUUUCUUAAAUUCAGCACACAAGUAUAAUAAUAAAAUACUUUUUAUAGACAACGAUAAAGAGGGAUACAGCACACAAAUUAUAUGCAUGAAGUCUUAAUCCACAUUUAUUUAUCUUAGCUUCCAAAUAAUGAAAAAAAUACUUUAGCCAUGUUAAUACAUGAUAUUAAUUUUAUAUGUUACUAACAUGCUGGUUCCAGACCAGUGAUGUGUUUGUAUAGUUCUGUGUAUCUUAUAAACGUUUGAGUCAUGAGGAAAUGUGCGUGAUGUUGAACCAUCCCCAAUUACCAUUUCAUUAAAAGCCUAAUAUUAUUUAGAAUAAAAGUAUGCAAAAACAGAAAAAAAGAACACAUUGUUCUCACAUACUGAAUACACUACUAUCAAUGCAAAGCAAUGUUGCACCUGUUUAUAACUGCCUUCUAAAGAGAAGGAAGAGCUCUGGUUGAACAACAUUAAUCUGCAAUCUGCACUCAUCUGCAAUAUUUAACAUCCAAGCAGUCUUUGCUGCUUAAACAAUCUGUAUUACAUUUGUAAUCAAGAGAUUCAUAUAUGCAACAGGGGAGUGCUAAAAAUGUGUUAGAGAGAAAAGUUGAUGAAGCUUCUAAGGUACAAAUGCUACUGCUAAAAAUAUAAACUUAUGUUGCCUUCUCACUAAAAUACUUGAGAAGCAUCUAAUGGAGCAUGAUUUUAAUUCACAGCAAGAUAGGGCAUUAUUUAAGUACGUCUUUAUUUUCAUUUUUUAAAAAAUCUUAAUAUUUUAAGAUUACUAUUCUUUGCACCUUCAUUUUAGAUUUAGUUCACCGUGAGUGGCUGUAAUACUCAGAGUCAGUGUAGUAUUUGCUACACUGACCGAGUAAAAAACGUUGUCACAUGAUGUGGAAGCACAAAGAAAGCAUUGAAUACAUUGCUUUCCUACAGUGCAGCUGGGAUGCAUGUGCGGUACUCACCAUGCAUGCGCAUCAGGUCCUCCAUGCUCUUCUAUGCUAUCAUGGGUGGCGGUCCAAAGGCCGGUACCCCUGUAUGCCUGAUGAUGAAGAUAGGAGUCUCAGCAUGGAAAUGGACAAACAGGGUCUGGUGCAGGGUAACCACACACCUCCUGGUGUUGAGCACCAGGUUUUGUGCGGUCACAUACCAGAGCCCUGAUGCAGCUUAAGUGGAAGCCAGGAGCUAGAUGAUAUAUUUAUCUAGUACUAGAAACAAGGUAAGACUAGAACAGGCACCAAACAAGAUAACAAGACAAGAUAAGAAGAACCCAGAACCGGAGCAGGACAGAAAGCAGAACCCAGAACAUGUACACAAUACAUGAGGGAAACAUGAACAGGACAUGUGCAGGGCAGGACAGGACAGGACAGGACAUGAACUGGAAAUACAAGACAAAUAAAAUGAGACAAGAGAUAUAAGGCAAAAGAGGAGACAUAACUAAGUACUAUAUAGUACUUGCCUGCAAAGAAAGGAGCAGAGGAAAUGAGACCACUGUUUGCAGGAACAGACUGAAACAAAAAGGAUUAAUGGCAAAGGAAUGGGUGUGGCAACAUAAAACAAACAUUUAAAGAAAUUCAGGAAACUGGGAAUUCCAGGAACGGAAUAAAGGAAUGAACCCAGAAAACCCAGCAUACAGACAAAGAAUAGAAAACCAGAAAAACCAAACAAGAAUUGUAAAAAGAAUACUGGAUACUAGAAGCCAUGACCAGACAUCUGUGCAGAGCGGAACAGGACGUUACAUAUGCAGAGCAUUGGAUUAGUUCAUCACUCGAUGGUGUUGCAGCAGGCAGAGUGAUGAGCAGUGCUAAGGUUGAAUAAAACAUAUAUUUUCUUAAAUUUAGUGGAACAGAUAUAUAUGGCUUGGGACAGGGGCACCAUCGAUUUAGGAACACAUGUUUCUUUCCUAAUGUUAAAGUGUUCCUUUACAGUUUAAACUAACAAAAUAUAUAUUUGUAUAUUCUAGGGAAUGAGCUUAUUAUAGUUCAGUAACAAUACAUAAAUUCUUAUAUAUUGUCAUGUUAAUCAUUUAUUCCUAGUUCAUUUUUUUUGUUGUUAUUUUGAUUUAUCAAUAGCUCCAUCCUGGUGUGAGUAUCGGCCAAGCAACUACAGUGGAGAUCUUCCUGACCUUGCAGUUUGUACUUUGUAUCUUUGCCACUUAUGAUGAGAGGAGGAAUGGACGCCUGGGUUCUGUGGCUCUGGCAAUUGGAUUCUCCCUCACUCUUGGUCACCUCUUUGGGGUAAGUAUAGAUUAUGCAUGUAAUUUGUAUGCUAAUAGUAAGGCAAAGAAACUGACACCUGCCAAGUAUGUAUAAGAAAAUGAAAAACAAAAUAUCAGGGAUGGGCAAAUUCCUGUAACCGAAUACCUGGAGCACGUGGUAUCAGGUGCCAGUUAGGCAGUAGUUUUUUUUCCCUUUAGCUGCUACAGAGGCCCCUGUGGCAUUGGGCCUGGGCAGGAAGCAUGUGGUCAGCACCUCUUGUAUGUGCGGAUCACAGUAAUUGUGUGCAGAUCCAGUGCUCAGAAUCAGAAUGCAGCCACCAGUAUUCCCACCAUGCGUAUUGACUCACUGAGUUGCAGAGCUGUUAUGGAGCAAUUACUGUGCUCUGCACCCUCUGGAGGUGCUUACCACGUGCUAAACCUCAUGAUAAACCAUAUGCUUUAACCUCAAUGGAAAUCAUAGCAUCCCCCUUGCAGAAAACUAAGCAGAAGUAAGGCAAAAAGAGCAAACACACACAAACAUUUACCACUCCCACAAGCAUUACACACACCCAGCACACAUAUUGUGCACAGCAUACAUAAUACACAGCCAACACACACCUAACCCACAACAAGCAUGGAUCUAGGUAGGUGCCCCAAUCUAAAAUAAUUUUGAGAGUCAGGAUAAGUAGAUCAUCAUGAAGGACAAGUAGAUUGUUGUUAAUUUCCACACUCCAGGAUAAAAGUAACAAAAACACUUUGCUGAAAACAUUCUCAAUUAAUUUAAUUGGGGGGAGGGAAAAUACUUUACCGAUAAGUGAUUUAUAUGUAAAGGUACGAAGAUAUUAUAUAUAAAAGAAACCCUUAUAUCAGAGCAGUUUUGAUUUGUCCUAAUCAAAUUAUCAGUGCACUACCAAACUAAUACAUUAUUAAUAAUUGUUAUUGCUGUCCACAAUGGUAACACCCAAUAAAGGAUACCCAUCCAUAUGGCAUCUGGUGUGUAACCAAUAUGAAUGAAGGUUUUUUUUUUUAUGAUCCUACAUGUGCUGACUAAGUUGCCAGCCCAUGACGAGUAUGCAUGAUAUCCCUGGUGUUGUUGGCAAGUGCUUGCAGAAAUGAGACCGUGCUUAUGAGUCUCAUAAUACACACUGGUUGUUAAUGAUAGGUAUUGAAACAGAAAAAAGGAACCACACUCAAAUCCACUUAAAAACGGGUGCGCCAAACCAGGACUAGCAAAUCAAAAACACGUAUAAUAAAACAGGAAGAAAUCUUCAUGCACUCCCAGAAUUAAAGCCACAGGAAAAUUUAUUGGAUCAAAAAGGCAAAGCAAAGUUUCAACCUACUAAUAAAGAACUCUCAGUAGGUCGAAACGUUGCUUUGCCUUUUUGAUCCAAUAAAUUUGCCUGUGGCUUUAACACCGUGAGUGCCUGAAGAUUUGCUCCUGUGUUAUUAAUAGCUAUGUCUCACCAGCAUGCAAUAUUCCAUGUGAAUACUCCAUUAUGCACUGUAAGUCAUACUGAUAGAGGUUGUAGAGAUAUCUGAUGUCAAAAACUACACCUUCAGCAGUCACCAUCUAUUAAACCCAUAUAUUGCAUGCUUUAAAUGACCAGGGCCAUCCCCGUUGAAAAGUAAGUUUUGUACCUAAAUUAAUUGAUACCUAACCUACUUGCAACCUGGCUGAAAGUUGUCAGCCCUGUCCUGAGUUCAGUUAUUUAUUUGUACUGAUUAAAGUAGUACUGUCAUCACAUUUGGUAUUUGCACCAUAAUACAGCACUUAACUACCUGUUCUUUCCAUUGAUCGUUUUUUAAUCUGUCCAUAUUUUUUUUUUAUAUAUAACAAAGAAACAGAUCUUUAGCUAAUAUUUACCUUUUCAUUGGACACACGGUUACCGACGUCAUUGGUUUAUUCAAAGAACAUUUUGUUCUUGCCAGCUCAGUAAGAAGCUGGGAGAUACUAAGCAUAUAAAUUAUAACUGGCUUUUUAAAAUGAGUAACCGUUUCUGGGGCAUAAAAGCUGUGAGGUAAUUGAAACAUAACAUGAAAUAUUGUCAUAUAUUCCAGUUGUAACAGUAACAAACACACUAUAGUGAGGCUAGAUAGAAAUUAUUUUAUUAUAAGUUUUGACAGUGUUUAAAGGGGCAAUGCGAGCACAAUAUACUCUACAUCUCAUUAAAGUGGUUAUUAUGCAAACAGUCUGUGGAUGGCAUUUCCUUGGCUCUCAACCUAGAACUGUUGUCCAGGGCAAGGCUGUUGGUGCGCAGAGACCACAGUUUUUCUCAAAUCACUUAGAAACUGUUUGCAAGAAACCCAUGGGAGUCAGCUAACAGAGACUCUAUGUAGUUUGUUUGCACCAUAACCACUACUAUGAGCUGUAUUGGUUAUGGUGUUUCAGUGCUUCUUUAACUUUAAUCAAAGGCUAGCUAAUAAUCAAUUAAUUGAUCAUGAUAUACAAUGCUAAUAGUAGUAUAUUUUAACACUAUUGUCAAAGCAAACAAAUCAUUUUAUGGUCUUCUGUAUAAUACAUCCAUAUUAUGUGCCUUGACUGGAUAACUUUGCUUUGUUUUUUUGUUUAUCUAGAUGUACUACACUGGAGCCAGCAUGAACCCUGCUCGAUCAUUUGCUCCAGCAGUACUAACAAGGAAUUUCACCAACCAUUGGGUAAGGUUAUAGUCGAAUGCAGUUGGACAUUAGCAUAGCUAAGACAUAAUAACAUUUUAUUUUAUAUUAUUUGCAUGGCAUCAUAUAUUUCAUAAAAAUCUACUUUAUUCAGGUAGACUGGCAGAAAUAUUUUAUUUAUUUAUUUAUAAAAUAUUUUACCAGGAAGGAUACAUUGAGAAUUCUCUUGUUUUCAAGUAUGUCCUGGAUAUAUAUAACAACAUCAGGUGAAAAUUAAGGAUAUAAAACGUGUAUUAAUUAAAUUUACACUUUCCAUCAUGAUUUUCAAAGUCUCUAUCCUAUACUUGUCAGAAAGGUAAAACAAGCACUAAAUUAAAAAAAAAUCCAAAAAAAAAAUCCAAGUGCUAAAUCAUUGAUAACAUAUGUAUCAUAGGUAGAACAUGUACUCACAUUUUUACAAAGUUAAAGCUAUUACCUAAUUGACAGGUGUUUUUUUUUUAUUUUCUCAAAGUAAUGUGGUAGAAAUAAUUAAAGUUACUUAAUACCUCAUAUAUGCUAACCGUAUUUACAUUUUUUUUUUAAUUUCUUGGCUUGCAGGUCUACUGGGUUGGUCCAAUCAUCGGUGGAGCGCUUGGGGGUCUGGUGUAUGACUUUAUUCUUUUUCCCAGAAUGAGAGGCCUGUCUGAGAGACUUUCAAUCCUGAAAGGGGCCCGGCCCGCAGAGCCUGAGGGACAGCAAGAAGCAACAGGAGAACCUAUAGAGCUGAAAACACAAUCUCUAUAAACACCUAGUAGCAAACACACACACACACAAUUUUGGCCUAGUUAGCGUUAUAUCCGUCAUGGGAAGUGUGUUGGGGAGGGGUUGGUUGGGUUAUACUUUGAAAGACGUUCCUUUUCUUACCAUGCUGUUGGUAUUGUGUUAAAGUAGAGGCAGAAGGAACAGUAAAUGUGCUUGACCUUUCAUCGGAGUGGAGGUGGAGGCAAAAGGAUGCAAGAAGGUUUGACUGGGCCACACACCCUAUGGGCCAAAUAUACAUUUAUAUAUAUUUCACGGGAAGAUCUUUACUGAUUCUAGCAAUAAAGGGAUUCAUCUUCCCUGACAGGAAAAUGUAACCUUUACAUGGGCACAAGAAUACAAUGCAGUUGCUAAGUGCAUUUUUCUUUUGCCAGCAAAUAUCAUCAAAUUAUUGAAAAAGAAAGCCACAGUAUGUUGCCUAUCAAACUUUCAGCCCACCCUCCUAUCUGCUCCUCUGAUGCUGCUGUACAUCUCAAACACAAUAUUUUCUUUUUACUGCGUUUCAUUUUUUGCUGGUUUAAGAAAAUGUUUUCCCUUUUUUGUGUUUUUUUAAGAAGGGUGGAAGAAAUAAAUGGGCCAAAAACCCUGCCCUGAGCCCCACUGAGUAAAUCUGUAGACAUCUUGUAGAAGUUAAGGUGUUACCCCCAUUAACUUAUCUCUACUGCUUUAGAAAUCCCUCUGUGUGGCAUUGUUUGCCUUGUAAUAUAAGAUAAAUAUAUGAUUUCACGACAUGUAGUGCUGCUCACCACCCUUUAGUUUUUUAUCUUAAUGUCAGGGACAAAUAAGCUUGAUUAGUUAAGGAAAUGUAAGAAAGGCAUCAUAUUUCCUAAAGAUGGUUGUAAAGAUAUUGCUUGUCUUAAGACUUGGUGUUAGUGCAUAGUACUCCAAAGAAUUGAAUGCCCAAUGUUCUUGUCCACAGUCUCAGUUCCCAAGGGUUCCUCAAAACAGCUACCCUAUGCUUAGAAGUAAUUUCGCUAUGCCGAGUUACGGAGGACUAAAUGUUUUCAGCAAGGAUAAAUGAGCUACAGUGCAUAUAUAUAUAUUUGGUAAGGAUAUGUGAACAUUUCUAAACUAUUUAAUUAUGAAUAAUAGUAAAACCAAACAAUGUGAACAUUUUGGUUCUCUGUAACCAAGAGCAUGUCUCAAACGUGAAUAUCCUGGAGGGACUGACUAAGCACUACUUUUGGACAUCAUAACCCCCGGACAGGGAUACAUAUCUUAAUAUACCGAGCAUAAAGGAAAUAUCUGGAACUUUAUAACAAAAUUAUAAUUUAGGUCAAUAGCAUGCAGAAGCAGUUUAAGUUGGGAAAUUCGAUAAUAGUGCUUAAUAAAAUCCUCCCUUUUGAAAGAAAGAUACAUGUGUAUAUUGAGCCGCUGUGUUUGUUCAGUGCUCAAUUAAUGAAUAUUGCAAUAAUCAAUAACACACUUAUUAAAAUUAUUGACUUCACACUUUAGAGGUAUUCCUCAUCCUAACGUUAUUGCUUUUGACUACUGCAAUACUCAUAUCUAUGUAGCUAUAUACACACACACACAUACAUACUUGUACAGAUAGCUGUAUCUGUAGACAGCACCAGAAUAACAUUUCAAUCUGAAUGCACGCAAUGUAUUACCAACACUCAGGUAUAUAAUUUACAUCUGAUAUAAGUAUGUGAGUGUGUGUAGAUAUUUAUAUUUGUAAAGAGUUUCAAGUUUCUUAAAAUCUAAAACAUAGGGGGAGGAAUCAGACAUAUGCCUAGGAAAGCGCAAGGCAUUAAUUCACUUUAAAAGGUGAAAACAUGUUUACAGUAAUUUGCGGGUUGUCUGGUAUUAUAUUGAUUAAAAAUUAUCAUUAAAUUGAUUUUUGGUUCCAUCAAGUGGAUAUUCACUGCUACUUUACCACUGUGAUUGUAAAAUAUGUAAAGGUUCAGAUAACAUUCAGAAAUGAAUAGACUGGAGAGGAUGAAGAGGGUCUAAACUUGGCUGUUAAUUAGUUUACUUAUAGAUCCUAGUCACAAGAUCAAAUGGUGCAGUCAUUACCCCCAUAAUUACAUUUCUACUUUCUGCCUUUUCAUACACAGUUGGCUUGGUGGCACAAAUAAAACAUUUUAUUGCUUGUGUUUUGAAAAAUCAAAUCAGAUCUGUCGUGGAAACAGAAGGGAAUUUCCAAUUUCUGUUCUACAAAAUGUCAAUAACAGAAUUUUUGUUACAAAGCUCAAUAUCUAUGUGAUGUGUGAUUUCAGGUUAGAUUGAUCAAAUUGAGUUAUUUUUUUCUCACAUGGAAUAAUCAGUUUAUUUCAGCCACACAGUCCAAACUUAAUGUUUUAAGAAUGGAGCCAAAAGUAAAUAAUAAAAAAAAACUAACAAAAAAAAAACCAGCAUGGCAUUAAUUAACAUACUAUAACAUAAGUUAAAAUAACAAUAUUUGGAAAAUCAAGACUUUAAACAUUGAGUUCAGGUUGCUUAAAAGAAUAUAUGUUGAAGCAAGGUUUUAUAUACCAUAAUACCGUUAUACCAUAGCAUUUCAUGUUUAUAGUGGUGUUAUUCAUUUAGUUGUACAAGCCCACUAUUUUAGAGAUUGAAUGACUGAAAGACAUAUGUUUACCUUAUUCUGUACAAAAUACAGACUUUGAGGCAUCUAUGGGAAUGCAAGCAAAAUCUAUGUAAAUGGACUGUGUAGCAAAUAUCUUCUAGAACUGUAAAGAAUUAUUUUCUUGGAGUUCUUGAGUCAACUGAAUACUGCAAAAUGAAUUAUCCCUCUACCCUUCCAGGGAAGUUCAUCAGAUAAUGAUGUGCUGAAGAAAACAUUGGUGUUUUUUAUACAGAGACAACAGAUAAAUGCCAAAACCUAGAGACUAAAGCAGGAGUGCCCAAAAGGUAGAUACCCAGAUGUUGUAGGAUUAUAACUCCUAUGAUGUUUUGCGUCAUUUUAGAACGACAAAGCAUCAUGGAAGCUAUAGUUUUAAAACAUCUGGGGAUCACCCCUACUCUAGAGCUAUUGAGACUUAUAGCAAAAUUCACAGCAUGUCUGUUUGGUCUUAUAGCCCAAAGGAGCACAUUGUAGUGCAUUCUCAAUUGCAUUAUAGGUGUAUUUUUCAAUGCUUUGCCGUGGAAGGAUUUAAUAUAUUUCUGGAUUUGUACAUUGUAGUUUGCUCUGUAUUUCUUUAUUCAGGUUCUCUUUGGUUUCAGCCUACACAGCCAUUGCAUAUUUUAGUAGUACAUUGAAAAAUAAAACACAUGCAUAUUUGUGAAAACAUAGGGUUAAAUUUCAACAACACAAGUAAACACGCAUGCAGCUACAACACCAAUAGUUAUCUAUGUAUUCUAAUAAGAAACUAGAAUUAUUUUGUUUCAAGAUAAAUGCAAUACUUACAUAAACAUUUAAAUAUGUACAUAAUUCUAAUUAAUUUAUUCAUUCUUUCUUUCACAGUCACAUCGGUCAUUUUUCUUAAAAGAUGUACAUUAAUUAAAUAAAGUACUGCUUAUCAUUAAAAUCACAGUAUCAUGAAAAUGUACAAAACAGUAGUGGAAAUUAUGUAUAGAAGAGAUGCCCAAAACAUUUGAAGCUAAACAAUAAAAGCUCUAAUGAUAAAAAAAAAAAAAAAAAGAAUUGAGUAAUAUCAGACCGAUACAAUAUUCAUCUGUGUGGCAAUGGAUCGUAGAAAUAUCAUCAUCAUCCUUGCUUCUUGUAGUGUCUAUUCAAUUAACAGAGAACUGAACAGAAAACACAUUUGGAAAUUGUAACCAAAAUACAUAGACUUCAACAAUUUUCAAAUUCACCUUUACAAUUUGAUUGGCUAUUUUAGUCUAUAUGUAGUAAAUCUGAUGUUCAGUUUACCCUAAACGUUUAAUUAAUAGCCCUUGUGCAUAUAUUUUAUAUAAUCACAUCUGUAUAUGAGCAAGUAAAUAUACCUCAAUAGAGACACAUACUUAAAUAUAUAUUUAUAUUUUAUCUGGAACUCUGGUUAUUAGCCUAACACAGGACAGAGGAAUGGAACCUCCUUGAAUAAAAAAUUUGAAUAAUUACCAGCUGACUAAACAGUGAGUUUAUGAUCCUUUCACUGUUCUACUAAGAAAUUACUACCAUCUUACAAGGUUAAUUCUUUAGAAUGCCAACAAAUAAUAGCACACAGACAAGUGUAUAUAAAAUAUUGGUUGUUAAAUUAGGCUACUGUUCCAAUUUUGUCAUAAGAAAAAACAUAUAAACAUAAUAUUAAUCCACGUGCCCUUUACACAACAUUAUAAUACAUUUAGAUUUUCAUUAUUUUUUACAAUCUUUGUUCAUUAGUUAUACUUAUGUUUGGCUUAGCUGUUCCCACUGUCCACCAUGUUUUGACUGGACUGCUUACACAGCUGUCUCCACUCACAUAGCCAGAUAAAAAAAAGAAAGUAUGUGUCAUACCUACGGCUGCCAUGCGGCAGGUUUGUGAAGUAGCCGUGUGGCAUCCUCAAAAUCCUGACACCCUCCGGUAUUCUCGGAUCCAGGAGAACCCUGCAAGCUCUUCUCCUGCACAGGAUGCUUGUGUUCUCUGGAUAGAUGUACAGCACACACCAGAGAGGCCACGGUGGUUGCUAGGUAAUCAUGGCAACCCUGCACAUCUUGCAGUCAUCCUUAAAAGUUACAGGACACUGUAAAUACU